AUGCGCCGUUCCUCUCGCUUGCGCGUUCUCCGCUGUUCCCUCUCCUCUUGCACACCGCCCACACCCGCCACGUGCUCGACUUCCUCUCCGCGCUUCCCCAUCUCAUCCCUCCACUCACCCCUUCCCUCCUUCCGUCCCCCUCCCCCUUGUUCCCCCUUCCUUGACUCCGCGCGCAGCUGGUGCUCUCGCCCAUCGAGGGCGGCCCCGCGGAUCGAGCUGGCAUCCACACGGGCGACGAGGUCGUUGCGGUUGACCGUACGUUGCCCCUCCUGCACCACCUCCCCGCUCGUCUUCCCUCCCUGCUGCUACUCCCGCCUGCUCUUCUUUCCUUGGAUUCCCCCUCAUCGCUCUCCCUGUUCUCCUUCUUGUGGCAUUCAACGAACCCACACACGGCCUGCUUAUCUACAUCUGUCCCCUCCCCUCUCCCCGGGCGGUGCAGAUUCCCCGUUGAGCGGCAUGAGCGGGCAGGAGGCGGCGAACCUGCUGCGAGGCAAGGCGGGCACAGCAGUCACACUCACCGUGCGCCCCGCUAGAGCUGACGUGGACGGCUCUGAUUUGCCGGAGGGAACAACGGACAUCCUGUUGAGGCGCGAGCCAAUAGCGCUGUCACCAGUGUACGCGACGGCGCUGCCCCACCACACGGAGCAGGGCGCUCCCACCUCCACCGGCUACAUUCGCCUCGCCUCCUUCUCCCAGAACGCGGCAGAGGACAUGGCGAGGGCGAUAGAGCGGCUGGAGGGCGAGGGCGUGGCCAACUACAUCCUGGACCUGCGCAACAACCCCGGCGGCCUCGUGCACGCCGGGCUCGACGUCGCGCGCAUGUGGCUCGGCUCGGGUGCCACGCUCGUCAACACCAUCGACCGCACCGGCGCCGUGGAGGCCAUUGCGCUGCGCAACUCCCGUGCGCUCACGGACCGGCCGCUGGCAGUGCUGGUGAAUCACGGGAGUGCGAGCGCGAGUGAGAUUGUCGCGGGCGCGCUGCAUGACAAUGGGCGGGCGACGCUGGUGGGGGAUACGACGUACGGCAAGGGGCGCAUUCAGACAGUGUUUGAGCUCACGGACGGGUCGGCGCUGUUUGUGACAGUGGCCAAGUACCUAUCGCCCGCCAUGCACGCCAUUGACCAGGUCGGCGUUGCUCCUGACCUCGCCUGCGCUCUCCCCACUCUGCAGCCGCUCCCCACCUCCGCCUCUGCUUCCGCUUCUGCCUCUGCCUCUGCUGCUGCUGCCGUUGCUCCAGUAGUGCUCUCUGGCCCCCUGGGUGCGGGUCAGCAGGAGGCGGCGCUGCCGGGGGGAGGGGUGGGGGGAGGGCGGGCGGUGGUGGUGGAGGAGGAGGUGUAUGGUGCAGAGCUGCAGCGCGACAGCUGUGUGCUUACUGCUGAGAGGCAGCUCGACCGCCAUGCCUGA